AUGCAGCAGUCGGAGCACUUAGCCGCCAGCUGCGCCAAGGCGCCAGUGAACACGUUCACCUCCGAUGAGUACAAGCCAUUCAAGUUGAUCUCCUCCCGCUACGAGUCGCAUGAUACGCGCCGCUUCUACUUUGCUCUCGAUAGCGCCGAUGAUAGCUUCUACAUGCCAGUUGCCUCGUGCAUUAUUGCCAAGUACACCGAUGCAGAUGGCAAGGACGUUGCCCGGCCAUACACCCCCAUCUCCUCUAAUAGCACCAAGGGCCACUUUGAGCUCCUUGUCAAAAAGUACCCAAAGGGAAAGAUGGGCAACCACCUCUUCGCCAUGCAACCAGGCGACGAGCUCCUCAUCAAAGGCCCCUUUGAGAAGUUUGCCUACAAGCCCAACAUGUGGAAGCACGUGGGCAUGAUCGCCGGCGGUACUGGCAUUGCCCCCAUGUACCAAGUGAUUCGUGCCGUGCUCGAGAACCCCAAGGACAAGACAAACAUUUCUCUCAUCUACGCAAGCAACCAGCGCCGCGACAUUCUCCUUGCCAACGAGCUGAUUGAAAUGCAGAAAAUCUACAACAACUUCAACAUGUAUUUAACCCUACUGGAGGUGCCGCACCGGUGGCUAGGCGGUAUCGGUUACGUGAACAGUGCCAUGGUGACCACCUUUAUGCCCAAGCCGGGGGAGAAGAACACAAAGAUCCUCGUGUGCGGUCCCCCUCCAAUGAUGCAAGCCAUCAGUGGUGACAAGCUGUUUGAGCCUGGCAAGCCACCUCAACAGGGCCCCGUAGGCGGUCUGCUGGAGACACUAGGCUACAAGGAGGACCAGGUCUUUAAGUACUGA